AUGGACGCGGCAUCUGAACAACCGUCGACAUCCCACACCGGAUCCCAGGAAACACGGUCCGAAGGCGACAACCACCGUGAUCAUAGCGGGCAGCAGGAGUCUAUUUCUCAUGAAAAGGCGUUUUUCCCAAUCCGAUCAGCUUCGUCUCGAGUACGUGAGUCGUCUCCUUCCCAUCGAGAUGCAUCUGUCGUGCUGAGCAGACGAGAAACAAUAUCUGGGAAAUCAGAGCACACUAAUAGUGAGAUCAACCAAAAUGGCGCGGCAUUACCCGGAUGGACAAGUGCCAACCCUAUUGUGUCGAGGCAAGAUGAAGAAUCAGCACACCUCGAGCGGAUCCUGUCCACUAUGUUCGGUCGUGCGCGACAGGAAGCCUCCGAAGAAGAGAAAACAAGACAUGUCGGAGUGGUAUGGAAGAACCUGACCGUAAAAGGGGUUGGACUUGGAGCCACAUUGCAGCAAACAAACUCGGAUGUGCUACUCGCAAUUCCCAGACUUCUAGGGAGAUUGUUUACUGGAAAGAUUCGCAAGAAAAAGGCCGUAAGGACCAUAAUAGACGACUUCACGGGAUGUGUAAAGCCAGGAGAGAUGCUGCUGGUGCUGGGUCAGCCCGGCUCUGGCUGCUCCACCUUUCUAAAGGUACUGGGAAAUCAGCGAGCAGGAUACGAGAGCAUUGACGGAGAAGUUUCAUACGGCGGGACAGAUGCAGAGACAAUGAGUAAAUACUACAGGUCGGAAGUCCUAUAUAACCCGGAAGAUGACCUGCAUUAUGGCACCCUUUCAGUCAGACAAACGCUUAAAUUUGCGAUACGGACCCGGACGCCUGGGAAGCAAUCUCGUAAGCCUGGUGAGACUCGUCGUCAAUAUCGGGAUACCUUUGUGACAAAUGUUGCCAAACUGUUUUGGAUUGAACAUUGCCUGGAUACUAAGGUUGGGAAUUCAAUUGUUCGUGGGGUUUCUGGCGGAGAAAAGAAACGUGUAUCUAUUGCCGAAGCUCUGAUCACAAAAGCCAGUACUCAAUGUUGGGACAAUUCAACCCGUGGCCUAGAUGCGAGCACUGCCCUGGAAUACGUUCAAAGUUUAAGGAGUCUUACGACAAUGACGCACGUUUCGACGUUAGUCGCAAUAUAUCAAGCUUCUGAAUCAUUAUAUAACCUCUUUGAUAAGGUGAUCUUGCUUAUCGAGGGGAGAUGUGCAUAUUUUGGCCCAAUCGGCCAAGCCAAGGCCUACUUUGAAGAUCUUGGCUUCGAAUGUCCACCUAGAUGGACGACUGCAGAUUUCCUUACCUCAGUUGCGGAGCCCCAUGCUCGGAGGGUAAAGAAGGGUUCGGAAUCCCGUGUCCCGCGAUCUGCAGAGCAGUUUAAGGCAGUGUAUGAUCGAAGUGCAAUUAAAAAAACAAUGUUGGAAUCGAUUAAAGAUUUUGAAGAUGAACUGGAGGUUAAAAGGGGCGAGCUGGAAGAUAUCCGAAGAACAACUCCUAAAAAGAACUUCACGAUCCCCUAUUACCAACAGGUUCUUGCUCUCAGUGCUCGACAAUUUCAGGUUCUUAUUGGUGACACACAAUCACUAUUUGGAAAGUGGAGCAUUGUCCUGUUUUUGGCCCUAAUUAUUGGCAGUUUGUUCUAUAAUCUUCCGAAAACCAGUCUAGGAGUGUUUACCCGUGGGGGCUGCCUGUUUUAUAUUAUUCUAUUCAACGCGUUGCUCUCGAUGGCGGAGUUGACCGCAACCUUCGAAAGUCGACCGAUCCUAAUGAAACACAAAAAUUUCUCGUUUUACCGACCAUCAGCUUACGCGCUCGCUCAAGUAGUUGUGGAUAUUCCCCAGGUUUUUGUCCAGGUUUCUAUCUUUCUUCUCAUUGUAUACUUCAUGGCCGAUCUUGCUCGCACAGCAUCACAGUUUUUCAUUGCAUUUUUAUUCGUAUGGCUGAUUACCAUGACCAUGUAUUCGUUUUUCCGGGCAAUCGGAGCUUUGGUCGCUUCUCUUGAUGUUGGCUAUCUCAUUCCCCCGGGCGAAAUGAGACCUUGGUUAAAGUGGCUUGUUUGGAUCAACCCGGUGCAGUAUACCUUCGAGUCAUUGAUGUCAAACGAGUUCUACCAAUUGAAGCUUCAAUGCGUUCCUCCUAAUUUGGUUCCAGUCGGGCCAAAUGUAUCACCCCAGUUCCAGAGCUGUACCGUCCAAGGAAGUCGGCCUGGCCAGACGUAUGUUGAUGGCCCAAGUUAUAUAUUAUCUAACUAUGAUUAUACUCGAGACCAUUUAUGGCGCAAUUUCGGCAUUGUACUCUCCCUACUUGUACUCUUUAUAGUGCUUACGAUGAUUGGCACCGAAAUACAGACGAGUGCUCGCAAGGCAGCAUUCGGGGGUGCUGCUGUUACUGUUUUUAUGAAGGGGCAAUUACCCCCCUCUGUGAAACAGGAAAUGGAAAAUAUGAAUGGUAACCGGGACGUAGAAGAAGGGAAGCCGAGCACGGCAUCGACUGGAUGGGAAUCUGACCAUAUAGAUGACAAGGAAACCCAGGGCAUCGCAAAAAAUACCUCAGUAUUUACGUGGCAAAAUGUCAACUAUACAAUCCGCUCUAAAGGCGCAAAGAAGAAACUCCUACAAGAUGUUCAGGGUUAUAUCAAACCUGGGCGUUUAUGUGCUCUCGUGGGCGCCUCAGGUGCUGGGAAAACUACUCUGCUUAAUGUGCUUGCACAGCGCAUCGAUAUUGGCGUUGUUACGGGAACAUUUCUAAUUGACGGAAAACCUCUUCCAAGGAGUUUUCAACGUGCAACUGGGUUUGCAGAACAAGCAGACAUCCACGAACCCACAAGUACUGUUCGAGAGUCUCUUAGAUUCUCCGCUCUACUUCGCCGCCCAAAGGAAAUCCCAAUCAAAGAAAAAUAUGAUUACUGCGAACGGAUUUUAGAAUUACUAGAACUUCAAUCAAUUGCAGGGGCUACUAUCGGCUACAUGGGGGCAGGACUCAACCAAGAGCAGCGCAAGCGUGUAACCAUUGCUGUUGAGCUAGCAAGUAAACCAGACCUAUUGCUGUUUCUAGAUGAGCCGACAUCAGGACUGGACUCGCUUGCUGCCUUCAAUAUCGUCCGUUUCUUACGGAAACUAGCCAAUGCAGGGCAAGCAAUUUUGUGCACCAUUCAUCAGCCUUCUGCUGUGCUAUUUGAAGAAUUUGAUGACCUUUUACUACUUCAAGCUGGUGGAAGGGUGGUAUUCCAUGGGGAAUUAGGAGAAGAUUCUAGGAAAUUGAUUGAGUACUUCGAACAUCAUGGAGCACGACCGUGUCCGUCAGAUGAGAAUCCUGCAGAGUACAUGCUUGACGUGAUCGGUGCUGGCAACCCUGAAUAUAAAGGUCCUGAUUGGGCUGAUAUUUGGGCAAACUCACCAGAACAUAAGGCAACAACUGAAGAAAUCGAACGACUUAUCAAAUCUAGACAAGAUGAGAAACACACUAAUAUGCCCGAUGGAAAGGAGUUUGCCGCGUCACAGCGAACGCAAAUUAUUGCCACUGCAAAACGGUCUUUCAUUGCGUAUUGGCGCACACCGCAAUAUACAAUUGGCAAAUUUAUGCUUCACAUAUGGACCGGUCUUUUCAAUACUUUUACUUUUUGGCACAUUCGUUUCGCUACUAUUGACAUGCAGUCCAGGCUGUUCUCGAUAUUUUUAACACUCGUCAUUGCACCGCCUUUGAUACAACAACUUCAACCGCGAUACCUUCAUUUUCGGGGUCUGUACGAAGCCCGAGAGGAGAAAUCCAAAAUAUAUUCCUGGUUCCCGCUUAUAACUAGUGCAAUCUUGCCGGAGUUACCCUAUUCUUUAGUUGCGGGAACAAUUUGCUUUUGCUGCUGGUAUUUUGGAAUAUGGUUUCCUCGAGAUUCCUUUACAGUCUGGUUCUGCUGGAUGAUGUUCAUGCUGUUUGAACUGUUCUAUGUAGGCCUGGGGCAGGCUAUUGCAGCUGUUUCGCCAAAUGCACUAUUCGCGUCCCUGCUUGUCCCUGCAUUUUUCUCCUUUGUUGUCUCCUUUUGCGGCGUGAUUGUUCCCUACUACAGCAUGCCUUACUUCUGGCGCUCUUGGAUGUAUUGGCUUACCCCUUUUCGUUAUUUGUUUGAAGGCUACCUAGGUGUUGUUACCAACAAGAUCCCCGUGCGAUGCAGCAGUAAAGAAUUUGCUAGGUUCUCUGCACCUCCAGGUUUGACGUGUGAGCAGUACGUCGGUCCGUUUAUCCAGAAAAGCGGUGGAUACGUGACUACAGACCCCAGCGGCAUGUGCGCUUUUUGCGCGUACGCCAACGGGAAUGAAUUUGCAGCGAGUUUCCACGUGUUCUACCAGUAUAAAUGGAGGGACUUUGUCGUAUUCAUAUCGUUUAUUGUGUUUAACUUUCUUGCCGUAUAUGUUCUCUCGUGGUUAUAUCUCCGUGGAGUUCCGGCAAUGAGGAGACGUCUGAACUCGUAUCGAACAAAGCAAACUGCGUGA